CAGCAGCUCUUUUUUUUACCUUGCAUCAUCAUUAUUCACAGGACAGUUAAUUUCAAAAUGGCUUCUCCAUUCAGGAGUGAGGAUAUGAUGCUGUGCCAAUUGUAUCUUCAAGCUGAAUCAGGUUACAGUUGUGUGGCUGAGCUUGGGGAGCUGGGACUGGUUGAGUUCAGGGAUCUGAAUGCUGAGGAGAACCUGUUCAGCAGACAGCAUGUGAGUGAGGUCAGGAGGGCUGAGGAAAUGUUGAGGAAGCUGAGGUACUUGGAGAAGCAAAUUCUGGAGGCUGAUGUUCCCAUACCCAAUAGGAACCUGGACUACAAUGCACCUGAUUCUGGGGAAAUUGGGGACAUGGAAUCUGAUGAUAACAAAAGAAGGAGCAUUAUUUCGGCGUCCAUUACAUUGGAUCCCGAGGAUGACAUCAUAGGAUCCCACUUGGGUUUUGUGGCUGGAACUCUGCCCAGAGAGCGAUUGCAGACUUUUGAACUGCUUUUGUGGAGGGCUUGCAGAGGAAACGUUUUCCUGAAAGUCAUUGAUGUGCCAGGAGAAGUCUUUGACCCUGCAUCUGUUCUGUCUCAAACUGAGGAAUACAGGUUCAGGGUACUGAAUGCAGCUGCCAAAAGCCUGGACAGUUGGUUCAUCAGGGUCAACAAAAUGAAGGCCAUUUACCACACCCUCAACAAGUUCAUGGUCAACAAAAUGAAGGCCAUUUACCACACCCUCAACAAGUUCAUGUAUGACUUUGCCCCUGAGUGCAUUGUGGCUGAGUGCUGGAUCCCAACCAGCAGUCUGGAAGAAGUGCAAAAUUCCCUAGUCACUGGAAUGGUUAGAAGUGGAGGAACCAUUGCACCAAUCAUCAACAGAAUUGCCACUGAUGAGGUUCAUCCAACUUUCAACAGAACCAACAGGCUCACUCAGGGUUUCCAGAGUCUUGUGGAUGCUUAUGGAGUGGCUGACUAUAAAGAAAUGAACCCAGCCAUCUUUGCUGUGAUCACUUUCCCCUUUCUGUUUGGGGUGAUGUUUGGAGACAUUGGACAUGGGCUCAUCAUGGCAGCUUUUGGGGCAUACUUGGUGUGGAAGGAGGACAUGUUGGAAUCUGUGGCCAGGAGCAAUGAAAUUGCACAAAUGUUCUUUGGAGGAAGAUACAUCAUCAUGCUGAUGGGCAUCUUUGGAACUUAUGCAGGGUUCAUCUACAAUGACAUAUUUGGCAAGACCAUAAAGAUAUUUCCUUCUGGUUUCACUUACCACACUUUCAAUUUGCAACAGUUGACUAAAGAAGAGCACUUGGGUGUGGACCCAGCUGUACACUACAAAGGAGUACCUUAUCCCUUUGGGGUGGACCCAGUCUGGGGAAUGGCAACCAACAAAAUCACUUACUUGAACUCAUUCAAGAUGAAGACUGCUGUGGUCUUGGGUGUCAUGCAAAUGCUCUUUGGUGUGGUUCUGUCCUUGACCAAUCACACGUAUUACAGGAAGCCACUGAACAUUUGGGCAGAGUUUGUGCCUCAACUGCUCUUCAUGCUGUGCAUGUUUGGAUACCUUGUAGUUUUGGUCUUCCUCAAGUGGGUCAAGUAUGAUGUCAGUGACAGCAGCUGUGCACCAUCCAUCCUCAUCACUUUCAUCAACAUGGUGCUCUUCAAGGCACCAGCUAAAAUUGAAAACUGUGAAAGCACCAUGUUCCCAGGCCAGGUUGAGCUCCAAAUGUUCCUUUUGCUGGUGGCUCUCAUUUGUGUCCCAUGGAUGUUGCUGGUGAAACCAUUUGUCCUGAGGAAGAGGCACUUGAAGGCACUGAGGUCCAGAACUAGGGAGCAAGAAGAAGAGAGAAGCCACAGGGACAGAAGAGGGCCAGAUGAUCUCUAUGAGCUGUCCCACAGUUUUGAAGCUCUGCAAACAGCCCAGCAAGCCCAAGCUCACAACCUUUUGGAGCAGCACAGGGGAAGUGCUGAAGUCAUAGAGGUGGAGUCUGAGGUGACUGACACAGAGUUUGAUUUUUCAGAAGUGUUCAUCAACCAGGCCAUUCACACUAUUGAGUUUGUCCUGGGCUCUGUGUCCCACACUGCCAGCUACUUGAGACUCUGGGCCUUGUCCCUGGCACAUAAUCAAUUGGACAGGGAAAAAGAACAGCUGCUGCAAAGGGUCAAGAGAAGGGCUAGGUCAGUAGGCAACAGGAGCACUGGUGGGUUCAAUGGUCCUGGUGACAGAGCUGAACCCCCACCAAUUCCCUGGUCAGGGUUUGGGAGAUUCUUGGGUUCCAGCAUUCCUCCUCAAGCUUUUCUAGUCCCGUACCACUACUGCUUCAAGAGUCCAUUUUGCGCCAUGCGGUCUUUCGCGUGCUUCUUCUCUCGCAACUGGGACUGGGUUCUCCAGUGGAUGGUGUUCGCAUUCAUCGUCUACACCGUUUACUGGGCUCUAGUGCCUCACUUGCGACUGGCUCCGAAUGAUGCGCCCAGCAAGGCUCCUUGUACGGCGUGUCCAGGAUCUGACGGCGAAAAAGACAGGGUUAUUAGACAAGAAGAAUGCCGCGUUUUGCACGAUCAUCACUCUGCGGACUCUUCACCCAAGCAUCAUCAUCAUCACGAAGGGAUCAAACCGGGCCAGGCUGUGGUCACUAUCCGGAAGGGAGCUUCCAGCAGGGUCAUCGUCAUCUGAACCACUUUCCACACCUUUCUUUUUUUUUUUGUCUCGUCUUUUUUUUUUGAAAUAAAUAGAAAAUAAACACGCCGAGAGAAGAAAACCACAACAACAUUCCAUAGUUCCGAAAUACGAUUGUCUUCGCUGUUCCAUAAA